GAUAUUCCCCCCCCUCUCUCUCUCUCUCUCUUUAAAGCUCUCUUCAUCUCUCCCUUAUUUCUCUCUCUUUUUGUCUUUGAAUUUGUGUUGAAAGGUUCUUUUGGUCGUAGAACUUUUUUUUGGUUUUUGUUUGCAAUUCGUUUGAUUACCAAAAGAAACUGAUUUUUUAUUUUAUUUUUUGGGUUAUUUUGUGGAUUUCUGGGUUUUCUUUCUUAAGUUUGCUCGAGAGAUAAAUGGCACAACGUUCUCAUGUACCCAAGUUUGGCAAUUGGGAGAGUGAAGGUAAUGUUCCUUACACAGCUUAUUUUGAUAAGGCACGUCAGGGUCGCAGUGGAGGAAAGAUUGUGAAUCCGAACGAUCCCCAAGAGAGUCCGGAAUUACAUCAAGAUUACGGAGCUCCAACUAGAGCUCCCCCUGCUUCACGACCAAAACCAGAAUCGGAUGAACCAAUAGGACAUGGACCUGCAAGAAGGGGACACGAACGAGGAAGGAGCAGGGAAGAAGGUGACGUCAGGCAAUAUGCUGACUCUCCAGCACGUAACGAGAAUGUCAACCGCAGAGCUGCUGGAGACUCUACACCUUCUCGUUAUGGUCGUGGAGUAAGUUCUGGUGAAUCCCAGAAACGUUCCACGAGAACAAGUAUUGGAUCUGAAAACAGCAUAGAUAAAUCACCACUCCACCCUGCACGGGGAACAGGGAGGGGUAGCAUGGCAUCACCUGCGUGGGAAGGAAAGACUUUGAAUGAUAGCAGCCAUGGUACUCCUGGGAGAUCCAAAUUGAGGCCAAGUAAAGGCGAUGAAAGUCCUGAUAAAGCUGCUGCUGUUCCAAAAUUCGGUGACUGGGAUGAGAAUAACCCGUCAUCCGCUGAUGGCUACACUCACAUUUUUAAUCAGGUGCGAGAAGAGCGGAACAACGGAGGCAGGGUAUCAGGCAUGCCUGGUCAGCAAUCUCCAUACAACACUGGCCGCAAUCGGAAACCAACUAACAACAGUGCAAAGGGCUGUUGCUUCCCAUUUUGGAGGAAAUAAGAUCUGUGAAUUCGCAGAUUCCUUAUCAGUUCGCGUGGAACACUGUAAAUACAUUGAAGGCUCCUUCAGAGCAGAGUAAUUUCACUGCAGUUGCGGAUUAUCAUUGCUAUGUAUGUGUGUGUGUGUGUGUUUCUUGUAAUGACAAACAUAGUAUUAUGUUUGUUGCACAUGUUUUGUUAUGUUUUUGCUCUUUCCCCUUUCUCUCUUAGAUUAUCUUUUUUUGUAUACCACUUCACAUCGCAAUUAUGUUUUGGUUAGAGGAAAAAAAAAACAAGAACAAACAGCAGACGCAUAUUCUUUUAUUUGUAUUCUAAAUGUAUGGUGUCCAUUGUUGAGCUUUCAAAACUGUCUGGCUAAUGAUAGUUGAUGAUUUUUAA